GCCAGAACCGCUCCCGCCCAGCGCAGCUCCCGGCCCCGCCAGGGACACCCGCCCCUCCCGUUCCGGGACAGGCACCGCCCGGGGCCGCCCCUGCCCGCCCAGUCUCGCCCCGGAGGGCCCCGCGGCGGCGAUGGAGGGCGGCGGGGGUUGCUCGGAGGAGGCGAUAGUCUGCGAGACCCUUCGUCUGCUACGGAUCGAGCCCGUGGCCGUCGGCCCCGGCGCGGAACGGGCGAGCGGCGCGGCGCAGGGCUCGCGGAACGUGCUGCGGAAGCAGCGGCGCUGGGAGCGGGUCUUGGCGGCCAAGAGGCGGAAGCGGCAGCAGGAGCGGGAGAGGAGCCGGGCCCGGCGGGCCGAGGGCGCAGGGGCCGGCAGCCGGGGCGGCGGGAGGGCCGCGGCCGCCCUGGCGAGGGAGCGCCUUCUGGAGGCCCGGGCCUCGGGGCCCCGGCUCUGCGUGGACCUCGGCGUGGCCGAAUGCAUGUCGGAGAAGGAAACAAGCCGCCUCGCCUCGCAGAUCAGGAGACUCUAUGGGGCAAACAGACGGGCCAAGAAGCCGUUUUGGCUUUGUCUGACAGAGUUUGUGGCGGGCUCGUUGAUCUACGAGGAGUGUUUUCGCAUGAACGAUGGCUUCUCCAAUUAUUUGAUGGAUACGACUCAAGAAAGUUACCUGGACCUGUUUCCUUUAGAUAAAAUUGUUUAUCUCACUCCUGACUCUGAAAAUGUUCUUGAAGAUAUUGAUCCAAAUAAAGUGUAUGUCCUCGGAGGCCUGGUGGAUGAAAGUAUUCACAAGAAGCUGACUCUGCAGAGGGCACAUGAGCAGUCCUUGCAAACAGCUCGCCUGCCCAUUCGUGAGUACAUGGUGAAAGCCAUCAACAGCAGGAACUACCACUCAGAGACACUGGCCAUUAACCAAGUCUUUGAUGUCUUAUCAACUUACUAUGAGACCCGAAGCUGGCCAGCAGCCUUGAAAGCUGGAGUUUCUUCUGGAAAAGGCUAUGUACUACCAGAUGCCAUGAAAUGAGUGGAAAUACCUCAGUAUGACAACACACAAGAAAACUUUAUUUGGUGAGGUUAUGGAGCUAUGCAGAUGAGGAGAGGCAAACUCCAAACUUCAGGGAGAGGCACCAGCAUCAAUGUUCAUAGUGAAAACAGCUCUGCUGAAAUCUUAAGAACCUCAUUGAGUGUGACACAUUCUACCUCUGCAGGACAAUGCUGGAAAUUACUUUUCCUCUUUUGCAGAAAACAAAAGUUGAUGGAGCGCUGGGAUUAAGUAAAAACUGAUGGGAAUUCAGUUCUGCUUCUCUGCAGAUGCUUGUUAGUGUGUUUCUGACUAACACUUUCUACACUUGUUCUGGGACAAGAGCUUUAAGGUAUUUCUUUCAUCUUGAUUAAACAAUAAGCAAGGUGAAGUUAGAAUUGCAAAGCUCACUUGUGAGAAAUAAUUCCUUCCCAUGGAAAAGGGCAGUGCUGUUCCAGUGAGGGGAACAUGGGAUGGGAAGUGAUUCUCAAGUGAGAAACAGUUCCCAGGUGCAUCAUAUCCUACCAACUUUAAACCAGUUGAAGACCUGGUGAGUUGUUUAAACCUAUGGGUAAUUCUGUGCAUCUAAGCUAAAAUAAAAUGUUUACUCUUGGA